GUACGUUCAUCUUCGAUCUACAAAAUUUAAAAUCGAAAAAAUCAAGAAACUGAUCGAAGUCUUUGGAAUCUUUAGAUGGGUUUGAAGGGCGGAGCAGCAAACUGAUGUCAUUAUUUUGGAGUGUCAUCCGUCAACUAACAGCGAUUGAAGCCAUGGCUACUUCAAAGAAGGUGAUAACAAGGGAAGAGUGGGAGAAAAAGCUUAAUGAUGUUAAAAUUCAAAAAGAAGACAUGAACAAGUUGGUUAUGAAUUUUCUUGUCACUGAAGGAUAUGUUGAUGCAGCAGAAAAGUUCCGAAUGGAAUCUGGCACCGAGCCAGAUAUAGACCUUGCAACCAUUACAGAUCGUAUGGCUGUUAAGAAAGCUGUACAGUCGGGGAACGUUGAAGACGCAAUUGAAAAAGUUAAUGAUUUGAACCCUGAGAUUUUAGAUACGAACCCCCAGCUGUUUUUUCAUCUGCAGCAGCAAAGGUUGAUAGAAUUGAUUAGGAAUGGAAAGGUUGAAGAGGCUUUAGAAUUUGCUCAGGAGGAGCUCGCCCCAAGGGGAGAGGAAAAUCAAAGCUUUCUAGAGGAGUUGGAGAGAACAGUUGCGCUGCUGGCUUUUGAAGAUGUAAAGAAUAGUCCCGUUGGAGAUCUUUUAGACAUAUCGCAACGUCUAAAAACCGCAAGUGAGGUCAAUGCAGCGAUCCUUACAAGUCAAAGCCAUGAAAAAGACCCGAAGCUCCCAAGUCUGUUAAGAAUGCUUUUAUGGGCUCAAAAUCAACUUGAUGAGAAGGCAGCUUAUCCACGUAUCACUGAUCUUUUCACUGCUACUCUUGAAGACCCGUCUGUUUGACUUCCAUUACACACCAAGUAAGGAAACAGAAACCAACCCGGGUAGUCGGUAGCUCAAUCACAAGUAAUCGGGUUUGACUAGGGCUGUGUGACGAAAUCUACUAGGAGCCGGAAGCUAUCAUCAAACUUCAUUUUCUUUUAUUUCGUUAAGCUUCAAACCUUUAAGUUGGUAAUUAUAUUGGUGAAUGAAUUUGGACUUUGUAAGCAGACAUUUUGAUUUGCAUUGUCCCUUGGUGAUCACUUGUAAAUUACAGGAUUACUAAAUUUGGUAUGAUCUAUGCUUCUUUGUAUUUUAGUG